AUGGCGCUCGAAGGUAGCUCGCGGCAGGAAGCUUUCAUCAACAAAGAAGCAUACGAGGAGUGGCAGAGUGAGGUCGUCGCGGCUUUCUACGAAGAGGGCAGCCGCUGCACGGAGCUCUUCCCCCAGACGGGUGCACCGUCGGUGCUCCGGAAGUGUAAGUUUAUACUGUACGCCCUGGAGGAUACCGGAAAGACGGCCAGAUUGGUCGAGUUGAAGUCAGAGGAUUUGCCCGAGAAGACCUCACUGAUGAUGUACCAUGUCGGCUCUCAAACGCUUGAUUUUGUAAGCCGAGGGUUCAAGGAGGGUGUCUUCUCGCACCCAGCUUGCGAUCUUGGAGGUCUCUCAAACUAUAAGCAAAAACUCGGUGAGGCUGCAGAUUUUACGGGGGAGACUCUGACAAUCCAGAAGAACUGCAACCUGUGUGAGCAGAGCAAAGCGAUCUGCCAGCAGUGGCGAGACCUUGCCAAGGUUGAGCUGCCAGAGAACUUUGAGGCGGACCUACAGACUUGGCUCGCCACGGCUAUCAUCGCACUGGGCGGCGACAUACAGCUGCGCUUCCGUGCUCUUCCCGAGGAGCAUCGGGUGGUGGCCACGGUGGCGGAUGUUAGGGCGAAGACCGGAAAGUACUACACCAGGGUAUUCAGCGGCGGCGAGGACCGGUAUGCGGAAGAGUCCACUGCCACAGACUUGUUCUGCGCCGUGGCCAGCCAGAUCAUCACGCCGAACUUGAACUCGAAGAACCUUAAGACGGAGUACCGCCCAUAUGCGAAAUCGGAUGCUAGCCCUGCUUAA